CAAAAUUACGAGAGUCUUCCUCUUCUUCUUUAUAAAUACAGAACGAAUCCCACCACCUCUGCAUCGUGAAAUUUUCCGGCACACUUCAAAUUCAAAGGCUUCCGCUCAUAGUUGCUAGCUAGCAUUAGCAAGCGUUUCAAUCUCUCUCUCUGUCACUAUUUUCUCCGUUUUCAACAGAAACCCAGAAGCGGAUAUGUCGAUCGUCCCUAGCAUCUUCGGUGGCCGACGAAGCAACCUCUUCGAUCCCUUCUCUAUGGAUAUCUGGGAUCCAUUCCAAGACUUCACCUUCGGCAGUGCUCUCACCAGCCCUCAAUUCACAACUGAGACGGCAGCAUUCGCCAAUGCACGCAUCGAUUGGAAGGAGACCUCAGAAGUCCAUGUCUUCAAAGCUGACCUUCCUGGGCUCAAGAAGGAAGAAGUGAAAGUCGAACUGGAAAAAGAUAGAGUCUUACAAGUCAGUGGAGAGAGCAACAGAGAACACGAAGAGAAGAGCGAUAAGUGGCACCGCGUCGAACGCAGCAGCGGCAAGUUCCUUCGUCGGUUCAGGUUGCCGGAGAAUGCCAAGGUGGACCAGGUGAAGGCGACGAUGGAGAAUGGGGUUCUUACUAUAACUGUUCCUAAGGAAGAGACGAGAAGGCCUGAAGUGAAGGCUAUUGAAAUCUCUAGUUAGAAUAAAUGGUGUAAUACUUCCAUUUAGCCUGAUGAAUUUGUUUUCGUAUUAGCAUGUAGAGAAUGGGGUAAGAAUGUAUUUUUGUGUGCAGGGUUGAGGUUCUAUAAAGAAAUAUUCGAAAAUUGUAUAGAACUUGUUUGAUUUAAUGCCAAAACCAGAUUUAGCACCCAAAAGGAGUUUGUUUUCUGAUGAAAAUGACAUAAAGAUUAGUAAAUUUACGUUU